GGCUGAAGCCCGUUACGAAUUUGGCUUGGAGAGGUGCCCGCUGAACAAGCUAUGAAGCUUCGUCCAUCAUCGACGACAAAUCGCCAUUCACGCCAACCCCGCACAACUUAGACUCCGGAUCUGCUCCUGCUCCUUCUCCCCGAGCAUCUGACGGGCCAGCCCCCGUAUCCGUAAAUCGGAACCCGGAAACACACUCUGCCACCCCGGCGGAGCUGAGCUCGCUUGCUUCGAAGCAUCUACUUCUAACCACGCCUCGAUCAACUACAUCGCCCGCGGGCUCAGGAACCAGACCAGAGUUGCCCAACCUCGCAACAAGCGACCGCGGCAGACUACCGACCACCCAAGAUGCCUCUCGAAGCAGUGAUGCUCGUUGUGGACAACAGCGAGAGCAGCCGCAAUGGAGACUACGCGCCAUCCCGCUUCGACGCCCAGGCUGACGCCGUCAACGUCAUCUUCCAACACGUCAUCUCGGGCAACCCCGAAUCGUCGGUCGGCUUGAUGAGCUUGGGAGGCAAGGGCCCCGAGGUCCUAGUGACCCUGACGACAGACCAAGGGAAGAUCCUGGAGGGCCUGCACCGCACCAGGAAGAAGAUACACGGCACAUCUCACCUAGCCACUAGUAUCCAGGUUGCGAGCCUGGCGCUCAAGCACCGCCAGAACACGACGCAACGCACCCGCAUAGUCGCUUUUGUCUGCUCGCCCGUGACCGACGAGCAAAAGGCGCUGGUGCAGCUGGCGGGCAAGCUCAAGAAGAACAAUGUGACAGUUGACUUUGUGCUGUUUGGCGACCUGGACGACGAGACGAGGAACAAGCUGCAGGCGUUCAACGACAAGGUCAAGAACAACGAAGGCAACAGCCACCUGGUGGUGAUUCCGCCAUCGGGAAACCUGCUUAGUGAUCAGCUGAUAGCGACGCCAAUCUUUGGCGAGAGCGCCGCCGCCGCUUCGGGGGCGGGGAUGGGCGGCGGCUCCGGAGGCGGCGGCGGCGGCGACGGUGGCGAGUUCGGUGAGCUGGGCUUUGAUCCCGCCGCUGACCCGGAGCUCGCGCUUGCGCUACGCAUGAGUAUGGAGGAGGAGAACGCGCGCCAGGAGAAACGCGCUAGGGAGGAGGCCGAGGCUGCGGCCAAGGCGUCGCUCGAGUCGGUUGAGGAGCAGGACGAGUCGGCGCCCUUGCUCGACAAGGCGAGUGGGAGCAAAAAGGACAAGAAGGAUGGCGAUAAGGGCGGAAAGUCGGGCGAGGGCGACAAGAUGGACACCUCAUAGUGCGGAAGAGCGCUAGCGCACUUGACUGCGAGACACCCCACACCCCUCGUCUCUUUCACAGCUCGUCGCCAUGACUGUUUUAGUAGUCUCGAACCCCCUUAUUAUGGCGUUUUGCUACUUGGUGCUGCUUUUAGACUAUUAGACUUGGUCCUAUAUGGAUGUGGCACCGACUUGGCAAGAGAAAGAAACCGACUUUGGCGGGUUUGCUCCGAGUCUAAUCUAUGCACAUGGUAUGGUAUAAACAUACAUAAACCACAUCACUUUGGCGGUUAUGGGACAGUUCUUGGGGGUGUUUCUGGGCCCAACUCCUG